UCAGUGUGAGCGGAGCAUCUGGAGGAGAGCUGGCCGGCUGGGAGGUGGUGGAGGACGGGGAGAGCGAAGCAGAAGGGGGAUCCGGGAGUCAGCGAAAACAAAAAAGGGGUCAGGCCUGGAACUUGGCGAAGCGGUCACUCGUCUGGCGAUGCCGUCCAACACAGUCGCCACCGCCGCCGCUGCAUUCAAGAGCUCCGACUUCAACUGUGACACGAAUGGAAAUCAAAUGAAUGAAAGCUCUAUGGAAACCAUGAUUAUUGACGAGAUGCCUUCACUCUGCACUCCUGUCCGCAAGGUUGGACGGCCCGGCCGCAAACGCAAGCACCUCCCUGUGGAGUGUUACGGGCCACUGAAUCAGCCGAUGGGCGUGGCUAAGCAGCACAAAGAGGCGGAGCUCCAGUCAUCUCUGCAGUCUCAGAAUGGAGAAGUUGAGAGGCAUGAAAACAAAUCGAUUGAAGGUCGCCACUCCACACUGGACAAGAGCGAUGUGGAAAAUGGGCUCCUCUGCCAAUCGGGCUGUAAGGCAGAGUCCGCUUCUGAUUCCAGCCUGAGCCCCUCCCUGGAGAACGGAUUUGUCAGCAGCAAGGACUUGGAGAAAUACGACGAGGAGACACUGCCAACUCUGCCUCGCAAGAAACGAGGGAGACGGAAACUGGAGAGGCCGACUAAAUACGUGGAGCACAAGGAGGAUGAGAGCGGGGACCCUUCAAAGAAUGAGGGAGCUCGAGGGAGGCUCCGUGGGGGAGUGGGCUGGGAAGUCAGCCUCCGUCAAAGACCCAUGCCCAGAGUAACCUUCCAGGCCGGUGACCCUUAUUACAUUAGCAGGAGGACCAGGGAGGAGUUGCUGGCCAAGUGGAAGUUGGAGGCAGAGAAGAAGGCGAAACUGGUGUCUGUGAUGAACUCAAUGGAGGACCAUGGCGAGGUAGAUUCGGCGCCUAAAAAAGACGUGAUCACCGUCCCGCUGUUCUUUUCCCCGCCGAUGCCACCAACGCCGCCAACUCCGCCAAUGCAGCAGCCUCAAGCUCAACAUCAGACCAACCUCAAACCCCAGCCUUCUCCUCAGCAGCAACCUCCACCAUUCCAGCAGCAGCAACAGCAGCAGCCCACAGAUCCAGCCUCUCCUACUGUUGCCACAACACCAGAGCCCGUGUCUAUAGGGGACGGAGACAAGACCUCACCCAAGUCCACUGAGUCAGAAUACGAGGAUGGCCGAGGUUUUGGAAUUAAUGAGCUGGUGUGGGGAAAGUUACGAGGAUACUCCUGGUGGCCGGGCCGGGUUGUAUCCUGGAGGAUGACUCGACGCAGCCCGGCAGCCGAAGGCACCAGAUGGGUCACAUGGUUCGGCGAUGGCAAGUUUUCUGUGGUUUGUGUUGAGAAACUGUUGCCUUUGAGUUCCUUCCACAACGCCUUUCACCAGCCAACCUACAAUAAGCAACCAAUGUACAAGAAAGCCAUCUUUGAGGUGCUACAGGUAGCCAGCACUAGAGCAGGUAAAACCUUCCUCUCUUGCCCAGCAAGCGACGACACUGACUCUUCAAAGUUAGUAGAUGUGGAAAAUAAAAAGAUGAUUGAAUGGGCCAUGUCUGGAUUUCAACCCACGGGACCUAAAGGCCUGGAUCCACCUGAAUCGGAGCCUUAUGAGACGUGUGAGUGGGUGGAGCCAGAGGCGGCGUCAUACUUGCCCCCACCAGCCAAAAAGCCCCGCAAGAGCACAGUCACAGAGAAACCCAAGGUCAAAGAAAUGAUCGACGAGCGGACUCGAGAGAGGCUUGUAUUCGAUGUCCGUCAGAAAUGUAGAAACAUUGAAGACAUCUGCAUCUCCUGCGGCAGCCUGUAUGUUUCCCUGGAGCACCCGCUCUUCAUUGGAGGAAUGUGCCAGAGCUGUACGAACUGCUUUCUAGAAUGUGCGUAUCAAUACGAUGACGAUGGAUACCAGUCCUACUGUACAAUCUGCUGUGGAGGGAGGGAAGUGCUCAUGUGCGGAAACAAUAACUGUUGCAGGUGUUUCUGUGUGGAAUGUGUGGAUUUGUUGGUGGGUCCUGGCGCGGCACAGGCAGCUAUUAAAGAAGACCCUUGGAAUUGCUAUAUGUGUGGACCGAAGACUCAGUACGGCCUGUUGGAGCGCCGGGCUGAUUGGCCUUGCAGACUGCAACACUUCUUUGCCAACAAUCAUGACCAGGAAUUUGAACCACCAAGGCUCUACCCUCCGGUUUUGGCUGAGAACAGAAAACCCAUUCGCGUCCUGUCACUUUUUGAUGGGAUCGCAACAGGGCUGCUGGUUCUGAGGGAGCUGGGCAUUCAGGUGGAGCGUUACGUGGCCUCAGAAGUGUGCGAGGAAUCCAUCACUGUAGGCAUCGUCCGGCACCAGGGGCGCAUUAUGUAUGUGGGUGACGUGAGACACCUCACCCGUAAAAAUAUCCAGGAAUGGGGUCCUUUUGAUCUGGUCAUCGGUGGAAGUCCAUGCAAUGAUCUGUCCAUAGUGAAUCCAGCAAGAAAAGGUCUCUACGAGGGCACCGGUCGGCUCUUCUUCGAGUUUUAUCGGCUGUUACACGAGGCCCGACCUAAAGAAGGAGAUACCAGGCCGUUCUUCUGGCUCUUUGAGAACGUGGUGGCCAUGGGUGUCAGCGACAAGAGGGACAUCUCUCGCUUUUUAGAGUGCAACCCAGUGAUGAUUGAUGCCAAGGAAGUGUCUGCAGCCCACAGAGCUCGCUAUUUUUGGGGGAACCUGCCCGGCAUGAACAGACCAAUGUCUGCUAUGUGCACUGAUAAACUGGAUCUUCAAGAUUGUUUGGAGCAUGGCAGGACAGCUAAGUUUGGUAAAGUGCGGACCAUCACUACUCGGUCGAAUUCCAUAAAGCAGGGGAAAGACCAGCAUUUUCCUGUUUUCAUGAAUGACAAGGAGGACAUCCUAUGGUGCACUGAGAUGGAGAGGGUGUUCGGCUUUCCUGUCCAUUACACAGACGUGUCGAACAUGAGUCGUCUGGCCAGGCAGAGGCUGCUGGGAAGGUCAUGGAGCGUCCCGGUCAUCCGUCACUUGUUUGCACCACUCAAAGAGUACUUCGCCUGCGUCGGAACUUAAACUCAAUACAGAUGAGAAAAAAUCGAAAUAUGAUUUAAUACCAAGAGCAUCGAAACCAAGCUCUUUUAUGUUAUUUGCAAGUUCAACAUCUAAACCGGUAUUUCAUGUUUGGUUUCUGUUUUCAUCAUUCUGGUUUGGAAUAAUUGACUCUUUUUUUUGUUUUGUUUUUAAUUCUAUUUAAUUUUUUAAAUAAUUAUUCGUUUGACUUUUUAGCAGUGUUAUCCGGUAUUUGGUUUAUGUGUGGAAGCUAUACUUGAGACAUGGCCUCCUUUUAAAGGCACUGAAAGAUGACGUAACACUUCAAAGCAGAAACGAGGAAUUCAAAAGAGCAUUUCUCCCAAACAUUUUUUGUUUUAUCGACUGUAGGGUCGCAAGAUCCAUCUCAUUCUACAACGGUGCACGUAUUUCCUCUCCUCCAAGCACCUGAGCCUCGGAGAGAGCAGGAUGUUUUUUUUCUUUUAUUUUUCCUCUUCAGUGUCAGGGGAGCUCUGUCUUAACCAAUCCAAAACACCAGUUCACAAAUACCUCUUUGUUUACAGUUUCUAUACACAACUGAAGGUAAUAAAAGGUACUACUGUAAUAGGUGACAAAAUGGUGCUUCAAGGUGGUGAAAAACAUUGCAACUCAUGUGGUGCUACUACUCGAUAAAAAAAAAAACAGAUCACGAGGGUCAAGUUUUCUACCGUCGUCAGGUUAAACGAAUGACUGAAACCUUGAAAAAAAAGAGAAAAAGAAACAAAUAAAUGACAAAAAAAAAACGAUUACAGGUCAAGCCAGGUCUGCCACAUCUCAUUUUAUAUAUCUUUUACAGUCUUUUUGUACAAUAUUCUCUGGUGCUCUUUUCAAAAAGAAAAAAAAAACAACGACACCUCAGCCUUUCAAUCCUUGAGGUCUGCUUCCUUCAGUAUGCCUGCAAACCAGCCACAUGGGCGGUGAUGUUUUUUGUCAUCCAUACCUUGAAAUCAAAGGCUGUGGGGUGCUACUUUUUUUCUAGUGUCGCCCAGGCUCGAAUCAUUACUGUACAACUUUUAGCAUACGCGAUGGGUACUGGACAAACGCCGACGGUCUAUUAUCGGCCAAGUGAAUCGGCGUUCGCCUGAGCCGUCCGUAAGCUAUUCUCAGUCAGGUGCAAAAUUUCAAAGGUGCGGCUUCACAAUGUUCUUCUACCUUUUUAAAGCAAUUUUUUGUGCUGCGUUACCAACAAUAUCGAGCACUUUUGUAUAUGUAUACUUCUUUAUUUCGUUUUUUGUUGAAAUCUUUUUUCCUUGAUUAUCGUGAAUUGUUCUCUUUUUUCUUUUUUUUUGGGUUAUGUUAUAUUGAUGUGAAACCAUUAUAUAAGGUAAUACUUUGUUGUGUACAGUAGGGCUGUGCCAAUAGAUGUGAACGAAUGAGCUAGGAUAGAAAAAAAAAUCCAUCUGUCGUGCCGGUGGUGAAGGGGCCGAAUUUUGAAUAGCUCCCCUCUCAUGUUUCCAUGUGCUACGGAGUCGCUUUAUCAUAAGUCGCGUCGCGAAAUAGUGUCUGCUCACCGCUAUAUAAUCCCAAAGUGAGUGUGUUUGUUUAAUAUCUCUGUAGGAAAAGUAGUCGGAUGGGGUGUCAGUGUGACAUCGCUUACAUCGCUUCUGGUCCCUAUAGCAGCGUAGAUCUGAAAACAUUAUUAUGUUUGCCAAUGGUGGAUGUUGACCAUGUCAAUAAUUUAGUUAUCACGCAAGCUUAUAUAGGCUAAAUUUGUGAAUCUAAUGAUUAGAAACGGCCUCUAUAAUGAAAUCCUCUUUUGUUUAUUUAAGGCAUUGCACUGCUUACAUACCUUAACAUUUGUCAUGUUUUCCAAAUUUUAUAUUCAUGCCCAGAUUUGUUUCUUUUUGUACAUUUUGUACAUAAAAAAUUGUCUGUUGCUUUUUUUUAAUGACCUAUGAGAUGUACAAAUAUAAUUCUUUGCUAAUAUAUAUCAUAGAAUCAAAACAAAAAGAGGGGGGUAAUUGACAAAAUGGCAACAGGCUAAUUGACGAGCUAUAAAGCAGCAGAUGUGUUUUGUAAUUCGUAUUUAUAUGUGGGAUAAAACUAAAGCCAGCAGACACACAACGCCAUCAGACGUUAAUAUUAGGUUAGAUUUAGGUUGCCAGGAUCUAAGGACAAUGUUAUUUUGAUGUCCAAUAAUGACGUGAAAUUACGUUGAUAUUUGGUUGAUUUUAGGUUGUGUUGGAUAGUGACCAAAAUCCAACGUCUAACCAACGUCUAAGGACAACAUUAUUUCACAUCAAAUGACGUUGAUAUUUGGUUGAUUUUAGGUUGUGUUGGAAAUUGACCAAAAUCCAACGUCUGAUAGACGUCAUAGUGGUAACGUCCACACAACGUCAAGCUGUAACAUCAUUAGACGUUGAUAUUUGGUUGUUUUUAGGUUGGACGUUGGACAUAGACGUCGGUCUGACAUCAACCCGAUUUUCAUUUCCAAACAAAAUGCGACAUCUCCAUGACGUUUAGGUACAACGUCAAUCUGACGUCAUGUUGACGUCUUGUGCCUGCUGGGAAAGGAUGAGUUCUCUAAGUGAUUUUUAACAGUCCCAUCUUUACUGCACAGCCCUACAUACAAAAGCGUGUUUCAAUUAGCUUUUUUGAUUCUUUUAAAGAGAGGGAUUGUAGGUGUUUUCCUAAGGUGCUAAACAUUUUAUCCAAUUGAAAAAAAAAUAUAUUAUUUGGAAAAGAAAUAAACUUGUCUUGAUAAUGACUGUUUUUUCCACUUUCGUUUGUUUCUUGUAGUAUCGGAGAAGCACUAUUAUUUACUCUCUCAUAUAAAGAUAUUAACAAAGGCAUUUUAAAUUUGUACUUGAAAAAAAAUGAUGACAAAUGAUGAAAGAUUCUUAUAUUGUUUUAGAAUAGAUAUUGCUGUAGUUGGUGCUUAUCUGUGGGAAAUCAUGUACUCAUAAUGGGAAAAAAUAAAAUAAAAACUUGUAAUAAAUUUUGCUGUUAACAUGUACUUGCUUAAUAUCCAGGCAGAAUUGCUUCAAAGUCCUACAUUCCAUGCCAUGUAUUCAGCCCUCCAUUCUCUUUUGUUUCAUAGUUUUUUACCAUUUGAUUUCCUCUCUUUUAAUGUUGUUUAAUUUGCUUUGUUUGAGUAUAUAUAUGAAUAUAUUUGGCUGUAACAGCCUCUUGUUUUCUCUCCUAACAGGUUUUCUGUAUAUCUCAGUGACACUAUUGAUAUUUGUGACCUCUGUUGUAUCAUAUAAACCAUUUUUCAGGCCUUCUAUUCUUUUGCAAUCUGCUCAUACAGCAAAUGUAGCAAUCAUUCGCCACCUCUGCCCCUUUUAUGUACCCAGAACGAAGAAAAAAUGGCUCCUUAUGUACUUGUGCUGGAGAACACUUGAAUAAAUGUAUUGUUUUUUUGUGAGAAA